AUGAAUAUCUUAUUCCAUCUCGGGGUAUCAAUCUCGCUGUAUUUAAUCGCGAUUUUGAUCGAAAAACUCGUUGGCCCUCACCUGGAAGAAAAUGAACCUCCGCUUCUGAAAUCCAAAGUGCCUCUCAUCGGCCAUGUUUUGGGACUGAUCUAUUAUGGACCCAACUAUUACACCAGCGUUGCCGAGAAGGACCGGCCCCCCAUGUUUACUUUGGGUAUCUUUGGGACCAGAAGCUACGUUGUGAACACUUCGCAAGUAAUUUCUAGUAUUCAAAAGAAUGCCAAAACACUAUCCUUUGCUCCGCUCAUUCCAUACGUGGCUGAAAAGAUUGCUGGGUUGCGUGUUGAAUUGUGUCGCACCUGGUUCGUCGACGAUGGAACUUACACCAAGGGCAUGGGUGCUGAGCACGCAAAGCUCAUUCACCAUACCCUUUACACUAUUGAUGGGUCCCGGGAUGUAAAUGCAGCAGUUCUUGCGGAGCUCAAACCAUUGAUGGACGAGAUACCAUCGUGGGGUGACAAGUUCGGUAUCUAUAAGUGGAUGGUUCAUGUUAUCUCGCAGACCAGCUUUGGAGCCGUGUAUGGACCAGAUCACCCGAUGAACGAUCCGCAGGUUGAAAAGGCAUUUUGGGAAUUUGAGAAUAAUGCCGGCAGUCUGCUGACAUCGGCUAUCCCAUGGUUAACAGCCCGGACAGCAUGGAAUGGCCGUAAGAAACUGGCUGCUGGUUUCCUUGCAUAUUAUAAAAGCGGAAACAAACAAGCGUCCAAUUUUGUAAGCAUGAGAAAAAAGUUGUUUGAGGAGCAUGGUUUCAAGAUCGAAGACAUCGCGCAGUUUGAGGCAGGCAUGUCCACCCCAAUUUUAUCCAACACUGCUCCCGCACUCUUCUGGUUGAUUCGAGAAAUUUACGCGCGGAAACCGUUGCUUGAGGACAUUCGCAAUGAAAUUCGUGCAAUCAUUACCACGAGUGUUGGUGACGAUAACAAACCGCAGUACAUUCUUGAGGUGGCCAAACUGAAAAAGGAAUGCCCACUCUUAAUUGCUGCCUAUCAUGAGAUACUGCGCUUAAAUGGCAUUGGUACAUCUGCUCGAAGGGUCCUACAAGAUACUGUGCUAGACAACAAAUACUUGGUGAAGAAAGAUACAUUGGUGUUGAUGCCUUUUUCUCCCGUGCACCAGGAGACUGAUGCAUGGGGGGUAAAUGCCAAAGAAUUUGAUAUCACCCGUCAUCUAAACAAGGAACGAAGGCCUGCAGUCACCUUCCGAUCUUUUGGAGGGGCGCCUCAUCUCUGCCCAGGAAGACAGAUUGCCACCCUUGAGAUUUUGUGUAUCGCGGCCAUGCUCAUCGUCCGCUAUGAUGUUGAGCCCACGUUGGGAUAUUGGACUAACCCGAAGUUGACCUACACCAUGUCCGGCAUUGCAACACCGUCUGCUGAUUUUGACGUGUCGAUGAAGCCGCUACCCGGUACAGAGGGAAAUUGGAACUAUCGUAUGGGGGAUGUGAAGUUGAAAUUUCCGCUUGCCUCAAAUUAG